AUGGAUUUGCUGGACGCUGGAGGUGGAAAUUCGUUGACAUUGGUAUUUGUCGAAACUAAGCGGGGAGCUUCCGAUCUCUCGUACUAUCUCCAGACCGCUGGUUAUGAGGUGGUAGCAAUUCAUGGAGAUUUAAAGCAAACUGGAGCUACACCAGUUAUGGUGGCAACAGCAGUUGCAGCUCGAGGUCUCGAUAUUCCGAAUGUAAAACAUGUGAUUAACUAUGAUCUACCUUCUGAGAUCGAUGAGUAUGUACACCGUAUCGGUCGUACGGGACGUGUGGGAAAUAUAGAUUUAAUGGACCUUAUUGUUGAAGCAAAUCAGGUUUGA